AUGUCGCAAAUGGAGAACUUUCUCAAGCUGGUUGGCGAGACAAAGGGUAUGAAUGAGAGGCUACAAGGUGUGACAGAGCGCCACGAUGUCUACCCGGCCAUCGCUCCAGAGGCCGCCUUUAGUAACCAGUCGUUCAAGGGCAAGGCUGUUCUGAUCACCGGCGCGUCAAGAGGCCUCGGGCCGGUAAUGGCCUCUUUCUUUGCGCGUGCAGGCGCGAAGCUUGCGCUGGUGGCGCGCAGUGCAUCCAAUCUCGACGCUGUCAAGAAGCAGAUUCAGCAGGAAGAAUCGGGCGCCGAGGUCCUCACGUUUGCCGUAGAUGUAACGGACACACAAGCUGCUGCAAAGAUCGUGCAGGACACGGUAGACCACUUUGGCAGGCUCGACAUUGUCAUUCCUAAUGCAGGCAUAUCCAUCCCGCCUGACGGUACUGUCCUCGGGAACCGUGAUGUUACGCAAUGGUGGAAGACCUUGGAAGUGAACCUGCUAGGGACCCUAAACUUUGUAAGCCCUGCGCUUGAACAUCUCAAGAAGACGAACGGUUACGUGAUUGGGAUGAGUUCCAUCGCCGCCCAGACUCGCCUCUAUAGUUCCUCUGACUACGGCGUCAGCAAGUUCGCACUCAAUCGUUUACUCGAAUUCGUAGACCUUGAGUAUUCUGGGAGUGUCAAGACUUUCAGUCUUCACCCUGGCGCGGUCUUGACGGACAUGGCUAAGAAUUCGGGCAUGCCGGAGCAGUUCUUUGUCGAUACGCCGGAGUUGGCCGCGGCCACGAUUCUAGCCCUGACGUCUGGUCAAUACGACUGGUUGAGCGGACGCUUCGUCGAUGCCAACAAAGACCUUGGCGAAGUUCAGCAGUUGAAGGAGCAGAUCUUGAGCAAGGAUGCGCUGGUCAACAAGCUUGUCGUUUUCUGA